CUCCUCUUCCUCUCGGAGUCUCAAGCUCAGCCUAUUCUGGGUGCAAAGCUCCGCCCCACACCGAGGCGGGGCCCCAUAGGUGGAGAGAAGUGGGAGAGGUCGCGGCCCCGCCUCUGCUUUCCUUCCCAUACACACCAAAGCUCUGUGACCCGCAUGUCAGCAUGUCGGACCCCUGGGUCGCAUGCCUCCCACCCACCUUGCUGCUCAGUCUUCUGGCAGGCCUCCAACAGGCUGCAGCCAAAUGUGGUCUCUUCUUCACCUGCCCUGAAGGAUUCAAAUGCUGUGGGGACAGCUGUUGCCAAGAGUAUGAGAUCUUCUCCAACCCCUUGAGGAUCUUCAGCAUCAUCUUCCUCAUGGUCCUGCUCUUCCUGUCCAUCUGUGGCCUGGCCAAGCACUUCUGUGGGAACUGCAGAAAGGCAGAGCACGGCCCUCCGACGGAGCACCAGGGGCCCUCAGCACUGCCCUCCAGCGACCCCCCAGAGCGGGCCAGGGCACUCACCUCUGAGCCCCCGCCUCCCUACAGCGAGAUUAUUCGGAUGCCUGUCUUGGGCCUGCUCCCUGCAGAUCCACCCCCUCCCUACAGCUUGAGGCCUGAAGAACCUCCUGCUGUCCGGAGAGGCAUCGACAACCCAGCUUUCUGAGCUGUUUUCUCCCAAUGCCUCCUGGGCCAGACUCCUGGGACCCCUGGAAUGCCUCCCAGCCAUCCUGCCAUGUCUCUGGUCAUUCUUGGGCUUAACUUAUUGCUCUUCCUGCCCCUGUUCCACCCAACUGCCUCUCUUGUCCUCAAGACUGGGCUGGAACGACAAUGCCCCUUUCCAUCCCCCCCUCCACUGCCCCAGGUACAGCGUGCCAGGAAGAAAAUGCCAACAGUUGGAGAUGUCCUACAGUGGAAAGGGUGCCGUGAGGGGUAGAGAGAUUCCAGUGCUGGAGGUACAUGGUCUCAAUGGGACACCCAGCCCUGAAAAGUUCCAGAGGGCGCUUUUCACUGGUGGGAGAUUGGCCUGGAUGUGUUCUGAGCCACCUCCCAAUUCUACUUGGAUGGAGAAGGCCCCAUUGUACCUGCCUUGAUGCAUGCACAAACAUUCUCACUAAAUGUCA